UUACAGAUGAGUGACGAUAAGGGAUGUUCGAUAUCGUCGAAGGAUAGUGGCACAAAAAAGCCCAAACCAUGUUGCGCUUGUCCGGAAACUAAAAAGGCCAGAGAUGAAUGUAUGAUUUUGUUUGGUGAGGAACAUUGCGGAGAGCUGAUAGAAGCUCACAAGAAGUGUAUGAGACAGUAUGGUUAUGAAGUGUAGUUUGUUUUUAUCGUCGUCGACAUAUUUAUAAAAACUUGUUAUUUGAUUAUCGAUAUUUAAUGUAGUUUGCGGAAUCAUAAAAAUUGCAUAAAUUGUAAAAUAUGCA